CUCUCUCUCUUCAUGACCUAACCCUAACCCAAACAACACUAAGCCAAACACAAGACAUCUCUCUCUCUCUCUCUCUCUCUAACCUUCACCAACAGCAACCAAAUUGUUCAUAUAUUCUUUGUUAGCUAAUUCCAACUGAAAGUAGACAGAAAGAAGUUGGAAAUAUGAAUGUUUCAGCUCAGAAUUUGGUUGGGUUUUCUGGUGAAGGUUAGCAGUAGACCAAACCCACAACAAAACUUCAAUCAAACUAGCAAGAUUUAGUCUUCUUUGAGGGUGAUUGAUUAAUAAUAUUAAUUCAAGAUGGAUCCAGUCGCUGCUCAUGGUCGUCAUCUACCUCCUCCUUUUCAUUCCAGUGAUCUUCAACUGCACCACCAGCACCAGCAGUUUCAGCAACACCACACUCACCACCACCAGCAACUUCAGCAGCAGUACCACCACCACCAGCAGCCAAAUUCUGAGGAAGAUGAGCAAAGUGGUGGAAGUAGCAGCCUCAACCAUGGACAAAAAAGAGAGCGUGAAGACAAUCACAACAACAACAAUGAAGGUAAUAGAGAAUUGGCAUCGGUUGUGACCGGUGGAGAUGGAGAUCAUAGUAGUGGUGGAGGCGGUAGUGGCGGAACCAGACGGCCUCGCGGCCGUCCGGCUGGUUCGAAGAACAAGCCCAAGCCUCCAAUUAUUAUCACUAGGGAUAGUGCCAACGCUCUAAGGUCCCAUGUGAUGGAAGUGGCUAAUGGGUGUGAUAUUCAAGAAAGUAUAUCGAAUUUUGCGACAAGGAGACAAAGAGGGGUGUGUAUUUUGAGCGGUAACGGCACGGUAACCAAUGUUACGCUUAAGCAGCCAGCAGCGCCCGGGGCGGUUAUGACGCUACAUGGGCGGUUUGAGAUCUUAUCGUUAUCUGGGUCUUUUCUUCCUCCUCCAGCUCCACCUGCUGCUUCAGGUUUGACCAUCUAUCUAGCCGGUGGUCAAGGGCAAGUGGUUGGAGGAGGGGUAGUGGGGCCUUUGUUAGCAUCAGGCCCCGUAGUGAUAAUGGCAGCAUCUUUUGGGAAUGCUGCCUACGAGAGACUUCCUCUUGAGGAAGAAGAGACCACACAUGGCUCAGGUAAUGGCCCUCUAGGGUCACCUACCGGCAUCGGUAGCCAACAACAACUCAUGACUGAUGCGAAUCCAUCGUUAUUUCAUGGAUUACCUCCGAAUCUGGUAAAUUCUUGUCAAUUGCCGGCAGAUGCGUAUUGGGGGGCGAAUCGCCCCCCUUUCUGAAACGGAGGAAUGAUCAUGUAACAAAUCUUUAGUUUCACACCUAUUUCACUUCAUUUCAGCUUUUCAAUCCUCUUCUCUUUCCAGAUUUCAUAUAAACUAGUUGCUUUUUGUGAUUUUAGUUGCUUAAUAGCAUGUUUGAUUCAAGAAUUAAUCAAGGGUGUAAAAAGUUUGUGAAAUAGCCUUCUUUAUGGCCUUCAAUUUGUUUGAAUUAUGCUUCAAUUA